UCGUUUUUCCGGACAUAAUCGAUUCUACUAAAAAGUGAUAUUAAAAAAAAUUUAUCAAAACAAAAGUUGGGAAUUAUAAACAAAAUAUUAGUAAAACUAAAACUAAAAUGGUAUCUACCGAAGCUCUGUUCCUAAUUACUGCUGCCAUUGGCUUAAUUUAUUUUUGGAUCAAACACAAUUAUAGUUAUUGGCAACGCAAGGGCAUUCCGUACUUAAAACCAAUCCCCAUUAUUGGUAACACUAAACCUAUGCUAACAUUAAAAACGAGUAUUGGUCUCAAUAUAUCAAAUAUCUAUAAUGAUAAAUCAAUGAGCAAUGAAGCAGUAGUGGGAAUAUACAGUUUCCAUAAACCCGGAUUAGUUAUACGAGAUAUUGAAUUAAUAAAAUCAAUUUUAAUCAAGGACUUCAAUAAAUUUUCAAACCGUACAUUAGCAAUUGAUCCACAUGGUGAUCCAUUAGGAUCGAAUAAUUUAUUUUUCGUUAGAAAUCCAGAAUGGAAAGAAACCAGAACAAAACUAUCACCAGUUUUUACAAGUGGUAAAAUAAAACAGAUGUAUCCACUCAUGCUUGAUAUUGCAACAGAAUUGGAAAACCAUUUGACAUCUUAUAAGAAAACCAAUAAUUCCUUUAUAACUGAAGUAAAGGAAAUUUGUGCUCUCUUCACUACAGAUGUCAUAGCUUCUAUAGCAUUUGGUUUACGUACCAACAGUCUCAAAAAUCCAAAUGCCGAAUUUCGUCAAUAUGGACGUAUAAUGAUGCAAUUCGGUUUGCUCCGUGCAUUCCAGACAUUCAUCAGUUUAUAUUUGCCUAAAUUGGUUAGAUUAUUCCGUGCGAAAAUGUUCCCUGAAGACUUUUCAAAGUUCUUACAUAAAACUUUUAAUUAUGUAAUAUCGGAACGUGAAAGCAGUGGAACUAUUCGUAAUGAUCUUAUUGAUAUUUUGGUAUCCUGGAAAAAGGAAAUUCCCGAUGCAAAAAGCCGAUAUAGAGCUAAUGAAAAUGAAUUCCUAGUGGCUCAAGCUGCUGUAUUUUUAACUGCAGGGUUUGAGACAUCAUCUUCAACAAUGGCUUUUGCACUUUAUGAAUUGUCGAAAAAACCAGAACUACAAAAACGUUUACGAACAGAAAUUUGCAACGCAUUCUUGGCUGAAAACGGAAAAAUAUCUUAUGAAAAUAUUCAAAGUCUUCAAUAUUUGGGAAUGGUUGUUGAUGAGGUUUUGCGUAUGUAUCCAGUAUUACCAUUUUUGGAUCGCGAAUAUAGUAAAACUAAAGACGAGUCAGAUUAUACACUUCAACCACACUACAAUUAUGCUAUUCCAAAUGGUAUGCCAGUAUACAUUCCAGUAUAUGCAAUACAACGUGAUCCAAAAUAUUGGUCAAAUCCAGAUGUUUUUGAUCCAGAACGGUUCUCAUCAGAAAAUAAAAAGAAUCAUACUCCUAUGACAUAUUUUCCAUUUGGAAAUGGACCACAUAAUUGUAUAGGGAGUCGUUUAGGAUUACUUCAAACAAAACUUGGCUUGGUACACUUUUUGAAAAAUCAUUUUGUUGAACCUUGCGAUCAAACACCAUCUAAAAUGGAAUUCGAUCCCAAGGCUAUUAUAUUACAAUGUUCUACGGGUAUUUACUUAAAUAUAGUAAAUGAUCACAUGUACGAUGUAAAAGUAUCGGCAAAAUCAUAAAAAAAUACAAAAUUAAGGAAAGUUCAAAGAGAAAUGUAUAUGAAAAGUAGAGAAAGUAAUAUUUGUAUGAAAUAUUUAUUUUACUGUCUUGAGGAGGUGAAGAUAGGAAAUGAAGUAUUGAUUUACACCUUAUACACUGUAAGCUUGUUUUGUUUUAAUUGUUAUCAAAAUUGUUAUAAUUGGGUCAUAUGGUGUCUUUGU